GGUGCUAAAGUCUGCAGCCUGGGCUGCUGUGGCCUCAGUGCCCAUCUGUGCCCACUGGUGCCCAUCGCCGCCUCUGCGCCCCUUCCGGGGCACAGGUCCCCCCGUGAUGGCGCGGCUAUGGCUGCCCUGCUUCCUGCUUCCUGCCCUCCUGGGGUCUGCGACCGCCAAUACGCCCCCAGAAUUCCUGAAAAACAUGUCGUUUGUAGUGCAGCUACCCGAGGACCUAGCAGUGGGUGCGGAGGCCUUCUGGGUGCUUGCCCGAGACAUAGACAAUGACCCUCUGACCUAUGCCAUUAGUGGCACGGACCAUACUUUCUUCUCUAUCAACUCAACCACUGGGGAAGUGACAGUGGCUAGUCCUCUGGACUUUGAGACAGACUCCUACCUCAUGAUCAAUGUCUCUGUGAGCGACUCACACAACAAGCCAAUACAGAGGACGAUGACGGUGAUCUUGGAAGACAGAAAUGACAAUGUACCUGUCUUCAAGACCACCAAUUUGUCCACCAACAUCAGUGAGACCCUGCCAGUCGGCUCGCUGGUGUUCUCCGUGCUGGCAGAGGACAAGGACUCAGGACCUGCUGGCGUGGUGAACUAUUACAUAGAAAAGGUAAUCCCUAACACUGUGGAAAACCAGCACCUCUUCCAGAUCCUGGACAACGGCUCCAUCAUCCUCAAUGGCAGCCUCAGCUACAAUAACAAGAGCUCCUUCUACCAGCUGGAGCUGAAGGCCUGCGAUUUAGGUGGCAUACUGUACAAUGAGCCUAUCACUCAGUGCUCCCAGCCCGUCUUCCUGUCCGUCUCCGUGGUGGAUGAGUCUGAUCUGGACCCCCAGUUUGUCAGGGAUUUUUACUCGGCCUCUGUGUCUGAGGAUGCAGCUGUGGGAACCUCUGUGCUGGCAGUGGAGGCUGUCGAUGGUGACAAAGGGGUCAACAACAAGUUGAACUACAGCAUUUCUAACUCCACGAAGUUUGAUUGGUUCGACAUCCAGACUGAGAGAGGAGUCGGGAUCAUCAAAGUCAAGAACAUUCUAGACCGAGAGCAGCUGCUUCAGGAGAAUGAAGAGGUGCAGGUUCAGGUCACGGCCACCGAGGUGCAUCCCAACAUCUAUGGGCAAGAAGCCAAGGCAAGUAUCUGGGUCACCAUCCGAGUGCUGGAUGUCAACGAUCACAAGCCGGAAUUUUACAACUGCAGCCUGGAAAACUGUAGCUUCACCUCCAACGAGGCCCAAGACAACUUCUCAGGCUGGGUGGAGGAGCACGCCGCCGCCCGCAUCCCCAUUGAGGGCCUCACCAUGGUGGCCUAUGACCCAGACAAGGGCAGCAAUGGCACCUUCGAGCUGUCCCUGAAAGGCCCUGAUGCCCCAGCCUUCAGCGUCUCCCCAGCGCGAGCAGCAGGCUCAGCCGACAUUCAGGUGCUGGUGAAAGACUCCAACAUGGUGGAUUAUGAGAGGAAGACGGUGAUAGUGGUGCAGGUGGUGGCCACCGACUUGGUGAGCAGGAACUCUUCUGUGGCCUCAGUGACAAUACACCUUAGAGACAUUAACGACCACCGGCCCACAUUCCCCAAGAACCUGUAUAUCAUUGAAGUGCCAGAGUGUAGUCCCACGGGCUUUGUGGUCACCAACAGCACCGUGGCUACAGACCCUGACACGGGCGAGUGGGGCCGUAUCACCUACAGCCUGCUCCCUGGAAAUGGGGUGGACCUUUUCGAGGUGGACCCACACACGGGGACUGUGACGGUGAGAAACGGCACAGCGCUCGACCGUGAGCGGCAGGCGGUGUAUUACCUCACGCUGCAGGCCACCGACGGGGGAAACCAGUCCUCCACCACCAUGCUGGAGGUCCACCUGCUGGAUAUCAAUGACAACGCCCCCGAGGUCACUGGCUCCUACAACAUCUUCGUCCAGGAGGGGAAAGGCAAUGUGUCUGUGGCCAUCCAGGCGCACGACAAUGACCAGCCAGACACCAACAACAGCCUCCUGGUCUUUAGCCUGCUACCCGGGCCCUACAGCCACAACUUCUCCCUGAACCCCAACACGGGACUCCUUACGAACCUGGGGCCCCUGGAUCGAGAGGCUAUUGACCCUGCCCUGGAGGGCCGCAUCGUGCUGACCGUGCGUGUGUCUGACUGUGGGGUGCCUCCCCUGAGCACGGAUGUCAACAUCACCAUCACGGUGGAGGACAUCAACGAUAACCAGCCCAUCUUCAACCAGUCCAGCUACCAAUUCCUUGUGAGAGAGCAGGACCCAGGCGUCUGGGUGGGCACAGUGGAGGCCUGGGACGCAGACCAGACAGAGGCCAACAACCGGAUCAGCUUCAGCUUGUCUGGCGAUGGCUCCAAUAACUUCCUGCUCCAAAGCUCGGUGCUGGAGUCUGGGAGGGCUGAGGGGAGACUCUGGCUGCCUCCUGGUGUGAGCCUGGACUAUGAGACGCAGGAUUUCUUCAAGCUGAUUGUCACUGCGGAGAACCUGGGCCCCCAGGGGCUGGAGGCCACCGCCGAAGUCAAUGUGAGCGUGGUGGACGUGAACGACACGCCGCCCACCCUGGUGGCGGCCUCGCUCCGCGCCAUCAAGGUGGCAGAGAACGGUUCUCAGCACGGCCAGGUAGCCGAGAUCAAGGCCCAGGAUGUGGACAGCGAAGCCCAGCUGGAGAUUGAACUCAUGAAUGUCAUCUGUACCAAGGCCGGGGUGGAUGUGGGCAGCCUGUGCCAUGGCUGGUUCUGGGUGGCAGCUAAUGGCUCCGUGUACAUCAAUCAGAGCAAGGCCAUCGACUAUGAGGCCUGUAACCUGGUCACGCUGGUGGUGCGGGCCUGGGAUCGCAACACAGAUCCCCGCUUUGAGGCCUUCAGCGACAAUGGAAGCCUCCCCAUCACCAUUGAGGACGUGAACGACAAUGCCCCCUAUUUCCUGCCUGACAACAAGACCUUUGUCAUCAUCCCAGAACUUGUGAUUCCCAACCAGCAGGUGGCCUCUGUCCAGGCCAAGGAUGAAGACUCCGGAGACAAUGCCGCCAUUGUGUUCUCUAUCCUCGGCGUGGAUUUCAUCUCCAAGGACGGGACCACCACCCCGUUCAGUAACUUCUUCCAGAUCUCCACCACAUCAGAGGCCGGCGUGUUUACCGGCAGCAUCAAGCUGGUGACCAGCUUGGAUUCUACUCUUCAGGGCACCUACCAGGUGACAGUCCAGGCCCAGGACCACAUCUUAGACAGUGUGGCACUCAAGACCCAGAUCACCCUAAAUCUCUUCACCGUGGACCAGAGUUACCGUGUGAGGCUGCAGUUCUCCACGAGCAAGGAGGAGGUGGGCGCCAACGUGAAUGACAUCAAGGCGGCGCUCGCUCAGGCCACCAGGACCAGCGUCUAUGUGGUGAACAUUCAGGAUGUAAACACUGCAGCCCGGGCCCAAGCCCUCUCCUAUCUCGACGCCUACUUUGUGUUCCCCAAUGGGACGGCGCUGACACUGAAUGAGCUGAGUGUGAUUAUCCGGAGAGACCAGGAUGCCCUGACACAACUGCUCAACAUGGGGCUGGUGGUCCUGGGAUCCCAGGAGAGUGUGGAGUCUGACCAGCCGCAGGUGCUGUCCAGCGCCAUCAUUGGGCUGGCGGUGGCCUUGGUGCUGGUCCUCGUGAUCAUGAUUGUGACCCUUGUGUGUGUGCGCAAGAGCUACCACCGGAAGCUUCGGGCGAUAAAGGCUGGCAACGAGGCCCGGAGGGCUGCGGUGGGGGAGGCACCCUCCGCGCCCACCAUCCCCGGGACCAACGUGUAUAAUGCUGAGCGAGCCAACCCCAUGCUGGGACUCCCCACCAAAGAGCUGGAGUAUGUGAGCUCUUCCAGUGACCAGGACUACGUCAGCCUCAAUUCUCUGGAUGAGAACUCUGUGGACCUGGACAAGGACAAACAGGAUGCUAAGAAGCAACCUCAGCACAGCCCACCAGAGCUGGAUCCAGAGCCCUUAAGUGUGGUGUUGGCAGAGAGGAAGGUGGGCACAAAUGGACCCCAGCAGGAGGUGAUGUGCUUCAACAACGCUGGCCUGGACACCACAGACCUGUGAUGAGGUCCCCCCAUCCUGGCCUGCCUCAGCUGAGCCCCCUACCCCUCUCCCC